GUUGACCUGAUAGGGUAAGACGGUUUUAACACCUUUUGAGAAGCUGGGUUGCACUUUGUCAAUUAUACGAAUUAGCAUUGUUUGCAUACCUUGGCACGCGCUCCUUAUGGUGACAUUUUAAGUCGUUAAUUUAUGGUUAGUACUUUAAGACGAUGUCACAAAAAAGGAACAUAAAAAGACCUACAGCUAGGAUUACUUCAGUUUGAAAAGAAGAACUUGCAAAGUGCAUACACAACAGCUAUCUAUUAUAAUAAAGUUGCCAAUUAUUAAAAAAGAAAAAUGGUGAAGAGAGGAUAUCACGUAAUGGCAGUUCCAAAAAAGGGACUUGAAAACAUUCGUUUGUCUUCAUUUCGAAGCCUAAAUAGCGAAGAUUUCGAUGUUCUUAAAAUUGGAUACCUUGGCGUAGAGGUCAGACGGCCACGUGCACAGAAACAGAUACGGACAAAAUCACAGGUGAAAAAUGAUUUAACCGAACAAGUCAUAGAUUACGUGCCAACACAAGCUCUUCAACAAAUUUGUACUGAAUAUUCGGAUCUAAGAUCAGAUUCGGAGUCCUCUUUAAUGCAAGAUAUACAACCAGAGUUUUCACACCACAAGGGAACAGUUCAAAAUGCACCACCAGAAAAUGACUAUGAAAAACCGAUUGAAGUUUCUUUACCUAAAAGAGCAAUUAACCCAUUACAUUGGUUUCAACUUGAUGAUACCGGAUCAGAUUGCACUAGUCUUGGUAGCGCAAGCAUUGAUACAACUUGGUCUGAAAGUUCAAAAGAAGAACUCAGUGAGAGUGUUUUAAAAAGAUAUUCUUAUGCUGGGUUCUUUAGCAGUGAAGAGAGAUUAACAGAUACUGAUUCUAAAGAGCUUCCAGAUGCCCUUGAAACACCCUUUAUUGACAUGGACGAUGCAGCAGUACACUAUGAUUGUGAAAGAACUCUAAAUACAGCAACAUGUACCGGUUUAAGCCAUCCGAUUGAAGACAAUCGACUACGAAUCAUGAAAGUGCAAACAAUGACUGAUUUAAACAACGAAAAUCAUUAUGCCAAGAGACAAAAUGCAGAGUCUCUGAAUAGUAUUCUUAGUAACGUAUUCGAAAAUGACCUAGCAGGCAAAGGAAGAUACAAAGAUAACAAUAUCACGAGUUCUGGUAAUUUUUCAAAUGGAAUAUCAGAAGGAAAUCUUUCAAGUCUGAACAAAUUGGGACGUACAAAGAGAACCAAUUCAGAUGACACUGUUUUAGAUAUGCAAAAAUAUGUUAUACAGAAGGAAAAUAUGUUUACGUACAAUAAAAAUAAUUAUAGUAUGAAAUCUUGGAACAUGAAAUGUUUCGAUUGUAAGACAGUGAAAACGAAUUCUAAGCUUGAUUCAUCAACCUCUUCUCCAGAAAGUGUUACUCCAUAUCCUUUAGAUGAUCUUUAUAAAAAACGCCAGAAUGCACCGACAAAAACAAGCGCUAAUGUGGUGAGCCUUAUUCUUUGUGGUUGUGUUAGAAGAAAGACAAAAAUUACCAAGAAGUUUCGUACGGCAAGUAAGUGCUCAAAGAAAAUUGGAGGCCGCAUACCAACUGUAGGAUUUACUUUGAGAAAAUAAUAAUGACAACUUGACUUUACUUGUAAAUAUAUUUGUUAAAUAAAUUUAUAUAU